CCCCUCUUCGCUCGUCUACCAACACACUUCUAUAAACCUCAAUAUGUGUGCUUUAUUCGUUUCUACCACUCCCCCUGCCACGAAGCUCGGCUUCCUUCGUCAAUUGGCGAAGAGGGCCAGCGCCCGUGUCUCUGGCUUCCAACUCGGCGCCAUGAGUAUCGGAGAUGUUCCUGCCUUGUCAGCCAACAUGGGUGAGAUGAACAAGGAAAAGAGCUUUCAAUUACUCGACACGUUUUGGGACAAUGGUGGUAACUUCAUCGAUACCGCUGGUCACUAUCAAGAUAAUACAUCUGAACAGAUAAUCGGAGAGUGGGCGGAAGCUCGCGGCAUUCGUGACCAACUCGUCAUUGCGACCAAGUAUUCCAGCAACCAUUUCCUUCCUGCUCAUUCGGUAGGCCGUGCCGCCUACACGGGCAACAGCGCGAAGAGCCUCCGAAACGCCGUUGAAGCGAGCUUGAAGAACCUGCGAACCAGCUACAUCGACAUUCUCUACGUCCAUUGGUGGGACUGGGAGACCAGUGUAGAAGAGGUCAUGGACGCCUUGCAUAACUAUGUUCAGCGCGGGGUCGUCUUGUACUUGGGGGUUUCCGACACUCCAGCCUGGGUCGUUGCUCGAGCCAACGAGUAUGCUCGUCGAACUGGGAAGACGCCCUUUGUGAUUUACCAGACGAUGUACAGCAUCAUGGAACGCUCAGCCGAAAGGGAUAUCCUCCCGUUUGUUCGGGACGAAGGGAUGGCAUUCGCGCCCUUUGGUGUCCUCGCUGGCGGGAAGAUUCGCUCUGACGAGGAAGAAGAAAGGCGCCGACAAACGGGCGAGAAAGGUCGCAUUAUGCCUUGGACGGGUGGCUGGGAGCGAACUCCCGAAGAGAAGGCAGUCUGCGAUGCUCUCGAGAAGGUCAAGACGGAAGUCGGCGCCAAUAGUCUCAACGCUGUCGCAAUUGCGUACGUCAUGCACAAGGCUCAAUUCGUCUUCCCCAUCGUAGGGGGUCGUAAGCCUGAGCAUCUCACUUCUAAUAUUGAAGCUCUCGAGAUCUCGUUGUCCGACGAGCAGAUGGCAUUCCUCGAUAAUGUGAAGCCGCUUGAUGUUGGGUUCCCAUUGUCGUUGAUUGGCGAUGGCACAACCUAUCCCCCGCUCUUAUGGUCGUCGUCACUUCAGAAAGUCCCCAAGGCUCAACCCAUCCGUCCUACCUGCGCCUAAACACAGAACAAGAUCCUCCUUCCAUGACGUUUCUUAUGAAACGUUGCUAGUAAACUGUACAAUAGACUGCAUGUUCGAAAGGA